AUGAUGAAGCUUGUCGCUGAGCCAGAAGGUCUCGUUGAGAUGCUAGGUCAGCCUCCACAAGAGGCUUUGACUCCGCCCAAAGAGGAGAAAGCCCAGGCCGCUGCCACGACCGAAGAGACGGACCCACGACCGGUCCUUCACAGCGUCUUGCCUCGCAGAGCAUCACUUGUCGAUGAUGCCGUGCCGGGAAAACGCGUCGAGACAGCAGCAUCGUCCGAGACUGCAGUGGAGCCACAGGCCAAGACGGAGGAAAUGGACAUCGAUGAAGCCCGGCCUACCGUCUUGGCGCCAUCAAAAGAAGCAUUGGAAGCGUCUUUAGAACCAGAUGCUCCAGUGAAGGAUGCUGUUCAAGAAACCGUAGAAACGAUGGAAGUCAGCUCCGAACCACCCCAGAAGCAGCCCGGGCAGCCCAAGGCAGUUCCUCUUCCCAAUGCGCCCAUCGAAACGAUCGAACGAGAGAAGGGCGUGCCAAGCACGCCUUCUCAAGUAGACGACGAGGACGAUGACAAUUCCACCGAGUCGGACGAGCUGGAUCCGAUGGAUCUCGACGCUCAACGUCGCCUCGAGACCCCGCCCAUUGAAAGUCUUCCCAACUUCGAAUGUCUGGCUUGGAACCGAGACAAAGACUUCCUCCAGUCUUUGCAGUCCGAUUCAACAGUCGACGCCUUCAUUGCCGAGGAGCUUGACAAAGUAUCGCUACUGAAGCUAUCAGAACAAGACGCUGCACGGAAGGCGUAUGGUGAAAGGUACAUGGACUACCUCAACUACACGUUAUCUGACGACCUGGUUGCCACGAAGAGCAGAGAAAAAUUCGUCAGCAAUAUCCCGCCGCCGGAAACGACCAGCAACAUCCCUAUCGUGCCAGAACCAACGAAGCCUGAAGGUCGGGCAUCCGGAAGGCGUUUCGCUACGGAGCUCGACGUUGAAAGGGCAAUUCAGGAAUCAGUCAAGGCAGAGGAAGAGCGCAAGGAACGCGAGGCCAUUGCCCAAAAACAACGUUUCCGUAACGAGAAGGAGGCGAUACCUCCUGACAUGUACUGGACGGACGAGGACCGGAACAAUGAGGACUUUGUGGACAGCUCUGGCCUCAUGACGAUUGACCAGCUCGUGCCGACCUGGAACAUUCUUCCCCCCAUCAACAACUUCACCGCAGAAGAGAACGAGCAAUUCGAACGAGGCUAUCUCGAUAAGCCUAAACAGUGGGGCGUUAUUGCGGAUGGCGUCGAGGGGCGUGACUUCAAGACCUGCAUCCUGUACUACUACUUGAUGAAGAAGCACCUGAACCUGAAGGAGAGAUACAAGAAGCAACCGAAGAAGAGGAAGAAGGCCGGAGGCAGAGCCAAGACUCGUUCGAGCGCCCUUGUCUCAGAACUCGGCAACAAAGAUGCUGAGACCGAAGACAAUCAAGAAGGCGGCGAGAACGGUGAGCGUGCAAGACGACCCAGGCGUGCAGCGGCCCCGACCUUCGACUUUGAGCGACCGCCGACCGACUCUGAUAACGCAACACCUGCCGGGACCCCCGGGCGUCGGUCAGGGAAGAAUAGUGAUGGGACAGAGAAGGUCGAUGGCAGGAAAAAUAGGCGUCGUGCCAAAGACAAGGAGCCCAAGGCACCCAAGGCGGCCCAGACCCUCGCCGCAGCUCCUGCUGCUGCUGGUCCAAACCGAGGAAGAUCGCGAUCGGACUCGCGCGUACAGAACCCCGAGAUCCAGCAACCUGUCACGAACCCUCCGGAGUCCCGACUGCCCGCUCAGCUCGAAGCCCCAUCAACGGGGAUGCAAGCACCGUUCAUGCCCAACUAUUACGUCCGGCAGCGAGACUCUGGUAAAGUGGAAUGGGAGCGAUUUCUCCAGGAGGCCGACAAGAAGAAGAAUCGAGGCGAAAAGCGGCCCGAGCCUCCCCCACCUCCAACACAGACGGGGCGAAAGAAGUACGAUCCGGCAUCAGCCACCCAGAACAGGCCCCUCGCAUCAUCGGCAACCCGAGAACAGGGUCUAGAAAUUGCCCAAGGAAAGCCUGUCGAGAACCCACCUGUUCAGCCGUCUCAGUCACAGCCGUACGGCCGGUUUGCCGUGCCCAUCGCGCAGGCGCCACCUGCAGCAACGCAGCCUUUUGCACAGAGUGUCCAGCAGCCUCCGCUGCAGAUCCAGCAGCACAAUGUGGCCCCAUCAGGCGUCAGCCAGUCCAUGUCGGCCCAACAACCCAACCGCUGA